UCCCUCAUGGUGGCACAAAGUUUCUAUGCACCCAUUCUUCUCUGUUCUAGUGUGAUUCAAGAAGAAACUUUUCUUCCCCUCUCUGUCUCUGUUCAUUACUUCACGCAUAUAUUCCUUCAAAUUCAUUCUACUUUCUCUCAUCCAAUCAAUCAAGUUACUUUAUUGAAAGUGGUGGAAAAUGUUGGGGACGGCUUUGCAAUUUGGAGGUGUUCGUGGCGGUGAUGAUCGCUUUUACAUUCCGGUGAAGGCAAGGAAGAACCAGAAUCAGCGUAAACCGGUUCAGAGAGAGAAGGGUGGUGAAAGUGAGAGUGCUGAUUCAAUUUCAGACAGAGAACUUAUUGCUUCUGAGAAUGGGAAUCCCAAUGAGUCUUCAUACUUGUUGAGCAAACCAUCUUCUGUAGAGCCUGCUAGCAACAUUGAUCGGUUUCUGGAGUCCACAACUCCUUUAGUCCCAGCUCAAUAUUUAGCUAAGACAACAAUGAGAGGUUGGAAGACUUGUGAUGUAGAGUAUCAAUCUUACUUUGCCCUGAAUGAUCUCUGGGAAUCGUUUAAGGAGUGGAGUGUAUAUGGAGCAGGAGUCCCUCUGGUACUUGAUCAAAGACAGUCUGUUGUCCAGUACUAUGUUCCUUAUUUGUCGGCUAUUCAGCUAUAUAGUCAAUCAGACAAGAAGUCAAAUACUAAGCCAAGGUACACCAGUGAAGACAGCGAUGGUGAUUAUUACAGAGAUUCAAGUAGUGAUGGAAGCAGUGACAGUGAAUUUGGAAAAAGGACUGAACUUUUUGUAGCGCAAGGAAAUGGUCAAUAUUAUAAAGGUGACGUUUCGAUUCAAAUGAGCAGACUAUCUGUACAUGAUAAGCACAAUAGAAUGCAAGAGGGAUUUUAUAGCGAUGACAGUGAAACUGGGAAUCCUCAAGAUCUUCUUUUUGAGUAUUUUGAUCAUGACCCUCCUUAUAGUCGUGAACCAUUGACGGACAAGAUACUUGAUCUUGCACGGCACUAUCCUAGCCUCAAGUCACUGAGAAGUUGUGAUUUAUUGCCAGUUAGUUGGAUGUCUGUAGCAUGGUAUCCUAUAUAUCGAAUACCCACUGGUCCAACAUUAAAAGAUUUAGAUGCCUGCUUUCUUACAUACCAUACACUGCAUACACCCUUGACAGGAAAUGGAAGUACUCAGGGUCCAAUUUUGGUUUAUCCAAAUGACGUGGAUGGUGUACCAAAGAUUUCCUUACCAACUUUUGCAAUGGCUUCCUACAAGUUAAAGGGGUCUAUAUGGACACAGAACGGAGUUAGAGAGAGUCAACUAGCAAAUUCUCUCUUGCAGGAUGCAGAUAACUGGUUACGGCAGCUUCAAGUGAAUCACCCAGAUUAUCAGUUCUUCAAAUCACAUGGCACAUACCACAGGUGAACCAAACGGGAUGACAUGUCAUUACCUUCUGAUGGCUAAAGCUGUUAGCCUUAAAUUUCUGUGUUCAUUGCUCAAUUCAAACUUGGUAUAGUCCAUCCAUCAAUAGAGACUGAUGGGGUUGGUACUUCUAAUGUGGAUUCCUGUUCCUGUUACACAUGCUUAAGCAGCACAAAAGAUGAGCUGGUUUCAAGUCAAGAGUGAAAUAGAGAUUGCUAAAGUGAAAAAACAAAAGAAAAAAAGAAAGAAGAGACGGACAAAGUGAAAAUAAAAGAAAGAAAAGGGGUUUUGUGUGGAGAAAAACUGUCACAUAAGUGUAAAAUUCUUAUGGAAGGGGAGAUAAAGCACAACAUGCAACAAAAAAGGUUUUCAGGGAAGAAUAUGUGUGAGAUUAAGCUAGAUGAUCCCAGACUUUUUGAGCUAAAAUAAGAUUGAGUUUUCAGUCUAAAUAUUUACUGGUAUUUAUGUUAUGUUGUGAUUUAGAAUAGAAUUGAUAGAAUAUGUAAUUUCUGCAUGACAAGGUACUAUUGUGGAUCCAAGUCAGUGUGUAUCUGGUGAACACCUUGUUCCAUGGGCUGUACAAUAUUUUACCAUUUUGAAAGAAGUGUUGUAUUCUUGAGAUCUUAAUCAUUAGCUCGAUCAAUGUUGUAGUAUUUGGACAAGUAUGAAUUGUGUUGUUGGCUGUAUCA